UAAAUAUUGUUUUCUAAUCCAAUCGAUUAACAUCAUUAAAUGAUUCUCUCGUAAGCAUUUGACCAACUAAUCUCAUAUAUUCCUCUCAUCUUUUUUCUGUUUAUAUCACCGGUUCAAUAAACUCAACCGGUUCUCAUAAAUAUCGUUCACCAAAAUUCCAAACCACUAGCAAACAAUCAAAAUUACUAUAACCAUGAUAGUAUGGCUGGCAUAAUAAAAGUUCAAGCAAGGUACACCGACGAAAGCAAUGGUCCCCGGUUCCCUAUUUAAUAACCGGAACGUACCGUUUUUCACAGACUCACCGGUCACUCAACCUGUAACCGAUUAUUAAAAUAUUAAAAAAGUCUUAUCCCUCUCAUUUAAUUUCCCCAAAGAAAAAAGAAAAAAGAAAAAACAAAUUAAAUCCGUUGUUGAAAUUAAAAAUAAUAAAAAGAAGAAGCUCUUAACUUCAGUGCUUGAAUGGGUAUGGUGGUUCUUCGCAUCAUCGUCACUUCGUAACUGAUGAGUUGCUAGAGUUGUUCAGAUCUGGAAAAAAAAAAAGAGCUUCAGACCAGACCAAAGACAAAAAGAAACAUCUCGUUUGUGUUCUGUUUUUUUUUUCUAUCACCAAAAUGGAAGCUUGGAGAGUUAUUCUCACUCUGUGUCUCCUCAUCCACGUCGGAAACGCAGAUCCAGUUCAAGACAAACGCGCAUUACUCGAGUUCCUAACCCUCAUGCGUCCCACGCGCUCACUAAACUGGAACGAGACCACUUCCGUCUGCAACACAUGGACCGGAGUCACUUGCAACCACGACGGAUCUCGCAUCACAGCCGUUAGAUUACCUGGAGUUGGCCUCAACGGUCAGAUCCCUCCCAACACUCUAAGCAGACUCUCUUCUCUCACUGUCCUCAGUCUCAGAUCCAACAGAAUCUCAGGCCCAUUCCCUGUAGAUUUCGUCGAGUUGAAAGAGUUAGCGUUUCUUUACCUUCAAGACAACGACUUCUCUGGUCCGUUGCCUGAAGAUUUCUCUGUCUGGAAGAAUCUCACUAGUGUUAAUCUCUCUAACAAUGAGUUCAAUGGAACUGUUCCUGAUUCUUUGUCGAGACUAAGGCGUGUGCAGUCGUUGAAUCUUGCUAAUAAUUCGCUUUCUGGUGACAUUCCUGACCUGAGUGGUGUCUCUAGUUUGCAACAUAUUGAUUUGUCUAAUAAUAAUCUCAACGGACCUGUGCCGAGUUGGCUUCAGAGGUUUCCUUCUUCGUCUUAUCAAGGCAUUGGUGUCGUUCCUCCUGAUCUGGCUCAUCAGCAACUUGCAGCAGCACCGCAGAAACCUAAACCUCACUUCUUGGGACUGACCAAGACUGUUUUCUUGCUUAUCAUUAUCGCUGUUUCAAUUGUAUUGCUAGCUGUUUUGGCGUUUGUGUUGGCUGUUUGUUACUUGAGGAGGAAACUAUCUCAAGGAGAUGGGAUUGUUAAUGAUAAUAAGCUGCAGAAGAAAGGCGUGAUGAUGUCUCCUGAGAAAUUCGUUUCGAGGAUGGAAGAUGUGAACAACAGGUUGUCUUUCUUUGAAGGAUGCAACUACUCGUUUGAUCUUGAGGAUCUUUUGAGAGCUUCUGCUGAGGUUCUUGGUAAAGGCACGUUUGGGACAACGUAUAAAGCGGUUCUUGAGGAUGCGACUUCUGUCGCUGUGAAACGUCUCAAGGACGUUGCUGCUGGGAAACGCGAUUUCGAGCAGCAGAUGGAGAUUAUUGGUGGUAUUAAGCAUGAGAAUGUGGUGGAGCUUAAGGCUUAUUAUUACUCCAAAGAUGAGAAGCUAAUGGUUUAUGAUUACUUCAGCAAUGGAAGUGUGGCUUAUUUGCUUCAUGGAAACAGAGGAGAAAACAGAGUUCCAUUGGACUGGGAAACAAGAAUGAGUAUUGCUAUUGGUGCAGCUAAAGGGAUAGCUCGAAUCCACCAAGAGAACAACGGGAAGCUUGUGCAUGGCAACAUCAAAUCUUCAAACAUAUUCUUGAACUCAGACCGUAACGGAUGUGUAUCUGAUCUCGGUUUAACCGCGGUUAUGAGCCCAUUGGCUCCACCUAUCUCAAGGCAAGCUGGUUACCGUGCACCAGAAGUAACCGACACAAGGAAGUCUUCUCAACUCUCUGAUGUUUACAGCUUCGGAGUUGUACUUCUCGAACUCCUCACUGGAAAAUCACCCAUUCACACUACCGCAGGAGAUGAGAUUAUACAUUUGGUUCGAUGGGUACAUUCGGUGGUGAGAGAGGAGUGGACUGCGGAGGUAUUCGACGUGGAGCUUUUGAGGUAUACGAACAUAGAGGAAGAGAUGGUUGAGAUGUUGCAGAUUGCAAUGUCGUGUGUUGUCAAAGCUCCGGACCAGAGACCUAAGAUGUCUGAUUUGGUUAGACUUAUUGAGAGUGUCGGAAACCGACAAGCUAGUCUUGAGGCUAAUAAACCCAAAUCUGAAAAUGAAGCAUCCGAGACUUCCACGCCGAGUGAAACUUGAAUCUUUUGAAAAAAAAUUGAAAUUGUUGGUUUUUAUAACUUUUAUGAAGUUUGUUGUAUACUGAUGUCGAUUCUCUUCUCCGGUUAGAACCGGUUUCAAUUAAACACGUUUCUGGUUAAGGAUUCUUGGUUCAGUAUGAAAUUAGAUUUUAAAGAUCAGUGUGUUUCAG